AUGGCUUUGCUACGACGAAUUUUAUAUCUGGCUGUCUUUGAAGUUAUUGUGUUCGAUGUGGCAUUAUUUCAAGAACUGUUGUGUAACAAAUGUAAGUGUGAGGUAAAAGGAGUUGAAUACAUAGUUGACUGUUCCGAACUUUCAUUAAAGCAAAUACCAUCCAAUAUACCAGAAAAUGCAACUUGUUUAAUCCUUAAAGAUAACUUGAUUGAAAAUAUACCAGCUUACAUAUUUAACGGAACAAAUCUGUCGUAUCUGGAUAUUUCCAACAAUCAUAUUAAAAGUCUUCACCGAUUUUCUUUCCAUGGACUGGGCACGCUGAUGUCACUGGAUCUUCACAAUAAUAAUAUAAACAUGGAACCAAGUAAUUACCCCGUUGGAGUUUUUCAAACUUUUGUAAAACUCCAAAAUCUUGACAUCUCCACAAACAAGGUCAAUGUAGGAUCUACUUUGAUUUAUCCAAGUGAAAGCUUUUCGGACUUGAAAUCUCUUCAAACUUUGAAGAUUGAUGGUUUACCUUCGAUUGAGAUGGGUAGUGGCUUUUCGAAUCUUGCUAAACUUAAAAUUUUGAAUUUUACUGGCCAUUGUAAAACAGCAGUUAUUCGAAAUGAUUCUUUUAUCAACGUACCUGGUUUGGAACGCCUGGUGUUGAGUGGUUGUCAAAUAAGACAUAUUGCUAGUUUUGCUUUCAGCAUGCUUUAUAAACUCCAAUUUCUCGACCUUUCUUUCAACCGCAACCUAGGAUUCGAGGCCGCAACGAUGCCACUGGUUAACUUAAAUAGUGCAGCCUUUCGGAUACUUAAUAUAAGUGCUAUUGUAGAUACCUUUGCUAUUGGUGUUGAAGUAACUGGCCUGCAAAUGUCGAGAAUAACCCAUCUGAAUAUUACAGAACUUUAUCUAGAUCAUAACAGGAUUGAACUUUUUGAUAUGGUAGCUCCUUCAAUGGUACCACCUACCCUGAAAGUACUAAGUAUGGUGGAUAAUCGACCGACUUUUGGAUUUUAUUUGCUAUCAUUUAAUGGAAUGCAUGGAAUCGUUUGUCUUUACGCCAGUCAUCAAUACACUUCACAUAUACCAAGAAUUGGCUCGCAAAUAACAAAUCAUGGACACCAAAUUAAUAGCUUGCAUGAAAACUGCCCUUACCUAACAGGUGAUGAUAAUAUUAAGAAUGUCCAAACGGGAAACCCAAACCAGAACGAGGGUAACCGUUUUGAAAAUUACAACCACAUUUCCUUAUUGCACUGGCUUUCUAAAAAUGAAGAAGACAGGGACAAUUUUGUCAUCAAACUUCCUGAAAAUAUCCAAUAUAUUAACAUAAGCCACAGUAAACUUGGUUAUCCUAUUCCACGAAUCAAGUUUGCCGAGAACAAAGUAAAAACGAUAGAUCUUUCGACAAAUAUUCUAAAUAAAUGGCACGGUCCAGUAUUGGGUUCCGAAAAUCUUGAAUGGUUAAGUCUAACUAACAACUACUGCGACGAGAUAUAUUUUGAUUUUUUUCGUGGAAUGAUAAACCUUCAUACUCUUCACAUCGGCUCCAAUUUUCUAGCUUUUGACUUCGAAAUGGAUGUAAAUGGAAGUAUCUUUCAACCACUUGGGAAACUGAAUACACUGGAUAUAUCUGAUAAUAAAAUCACAGUUCUUCCACCGAAAUUUCUAAAUGCUCAGGUAAAACUAAAACAUUUAGAUUUAUCGAACAAUAAGAUGAAGGAAUGGGCGUUGGAUGUUGAUCAUAUGCAUGAUUUGGAAUUGAUCGAUCUUAGCCACAACAGUUUUUCUACCCUACCUUCGUCUUUAAGACGAUUUGGUGAUAUGCAACAUAAAAGGGGGAAAGAUCUGACGAUCAACAUGUUAGGGCAGACUCUACAAUGUACAUGUGAAAACGUUCGCUUCUUAAAAUGGAUAAUGACUAACACAACGCAAUUUGUCCGAAGAAAUGAAUAUAAGUGUGAAGACAUACAGGGGAAAAUGAUCUCUUUGGACAACCUGGAGCAAGUAGUGUUGAACUUAGAAAAACAAUGCGCUUCGUGGACAGUGAUGGUUGUCGUUUUAACCAGCAGCCUUUUAGUAGUUCUAACUGUACUAGUGAUUGGUUUACUCUAUAGAUUCCGCUGGAAGCUUCGAUAUUUAUAUUAUUUGACAAGAAGCAAAUAUCGGAGAUAUGUGGCUGUUAGUGGAGCAGCUGAAAAUUCUUUCGAAUUUAAUGCUUUCGUUUCCUACGCGGACGAAGAUCGGCGGAUUGUCGUUACAGACAUGAUUGAAAAGCUUGAAAAACAACAAGGGAUGCAACUCUGUAUUCACCACCGUGAUUUCUUGGUAGGGGAGGCUAUUGCUGCUAAUAUAUCCAACGCAGUGAGAAACAGUAAGAAAACUCUGAUUCUGUUGACGAAGAAUUUUCUGAAGAGUUAUUGGUGCAUCUAUGAAUUGAAUAUGGCUUUAAUGGAAAGUAUUAGCACUGGUAGAAAUGUUGUAAUUGUUAUAAUUUACGAAUAUAUUCCCGUUAAAGAUUUACCGUACGAGCUCGUUCAGCUCAUGAGAAAGGAUUCUUAUGUAGAAUAUACUGAUGAUCCCGAGGGUAAUAUUGUUUUUUGGGACAGUCUAACAAAAGCUAUUAAUGCUGAUUAAGAUUUCACAAAGUCUGUUCUUUUGCAAAAGUACACACAUUUUGAUAUGGCAAUUUGGAGAGUUUAUGGAUGCUUGUAUAAUUUGCAUUGUGUUGGUGUUCAUGGUGGUGUUCAACACAUAAUAUGGAAGUAUUAUACUGUCAUCCCUGUCCGUCCGGACGUCAGCAAUUUGUUUGUGGACAGUCUACAGGUCAAAAUUUUUGACGAAAUUUGAAAUAUAGGUCUAUCGCCCAAAGCUAUCGACUCCUUUCGAUAUUGACAGGUAUCGGACUUCAUGGAUUAUGAAUUUUUAGUUUGUGGACACUCUAGAGGUCACAAUUUGCAUCUGAUUUUGAUGAAACUUGAAAUGCAUGUUUAUAACCGAAAGAUCUUGGUUCAUUUCGAUGUUCGCGCAUAUUGGAUCGUAGCUUCCUGAAUUGUACGAAAAAUAGCACUUUUAGCUUGUGGUCCCUCUAGAGGUCAUAAUUAUUAUCUGAUUUAAAAAAAAUGUUCGAAUAUAUCAUUGUGAUGUCGGUUAAGUUCGAAUUUCUUGAAAAUCGGACCAACACUGCCGGACAAAAUGGCCUCCUCUCGUACGCAAAUAGUGUAAAAAAUAUGGUAUAUCAAGGUUUGAUCCGAUUUCGAUGAAACUUGGUCCCUUUUGAUAUUCGCACAUAUAGGUUCGUAACUUCCUGAAUUAUAGCCCUUGAUUGUACGAAAAAUCACGUUUUGACCUUGUGGACCCGCUAGAAUUCACAAUUUGUAUUCAAUAUUAAGAAACCGUUUAAAUAAAUUACCGUUACACCUCAAUGAAGGUUGAGUUUGAAUAUCGUAAAAAUCUGUCCGAAACUACUGGACAAAAUGGCCGCUCCUUGUACCUAAAUAGUGUUACAGUAUGUAAUACCAAUUUGUGGACACCCAAAGAGUCACAAUUUUUAUCCGAUUUUGAUGAAACUUGAAAUGUAUGUUUAUAAUUCAAGGAUCUUAAUUCCUUUCGAUAUUUGCGUAUAUCGGACCAUAACUUCAUGGAUUAUGGCCUAUGAUUGUAUGAAAAGUCACGUUUUUAGCGUGUGGACCCUCUAGAGGUCACAAUUUUUAUCCGAUUUUACAAAACGUUUAAAUGUAUCACUUAAACCCUACUGACGGUUGAGUGCGAAUUUCGUGGAAAUUGGACGGAAACUAGCGCCUGACAAAAUGGUCGCUCCUUGUACGCAAUAAGUGUAAAAAGUAUAUAAUAGAAAGGUUGUGAACCCUCUAGAAGUCAUAAUUUUCAUCAAAUUUUGAUGAAACUUAAAAUAUGUGUUUAUGUCCCAAAAAUUUCGGUUCGUUUCGCUAUUUGCGCAUAUCAGACCGUAACUUCCUGGACUAUGACCCCUGAUUGUACGAAAAAUCGCGUUUUUAGCUUGUGGAUCCUAUGGAGAUCACCAUUUUUAUCCGAUUUUAAAAACCGUUUAAGUAAUAUUACACCUUAAGAAUGGCCGAGUUUGAAUUUCGUAAAAAUCGGAUCGACACUGUCCGAUGAAAUCGCCGCUCCUUGUACUCAAAUAUUUGUAAUACUAAUUGAUAAUUUAUGCGAAAUUGUGCACGAGAGGACAUGAAUUAUAAUUUGAUAAAUACUUAUGUUAUAUUUCUAUUCUCCGUUGUCAGUAUAUUAGUUAUGGUAUGAGUUUAUUUAAAACGCAAAUUAAAUUGUUUAUGAAAUAUUGUGAGAAUAACAGGAAAGUGGGGUCCGUGCUGAUAUGAUACAUGAAUUGAACUAUUGGUUAACAAACACAUUUGGCAUGGUCAGAAAUGGAAUGUGUCUGUUGACCAAGGCAUGAAACACGUGGUCGGAAAUUUACCAUUUCAUAUUUGACAUGAGUGACCAAUCACAUGAUUAAUUACAUCAUAAUUAGCCAAUAGAAUAAUUAAUGGCUGUGAAUCUGAGAGUAUAUAAUUUAUAGAAUGUGCGUUCUAGGGUAGACAGCCAUGUAGUUCUCGUAGGGAGAAGAAAUAGGAAUUUCCAUCAGCAGACUCGCCGAGUUUGCAUGAGAGCGGGUUAGAGAGAAUGACUUUAUUAUGCUUGUAACUUUGUACCCUAUAUGUAGCAGUACUUAUAUAAAAUGUAGAAACUAAA